AUGGCACCCUCCAGCAUAACCAGCGAUAGCCACGAGCGACUAGAGCCACGGCUCCUCCGCGCCGCCGAAAGCAACGACAUCGAAUCCCUCAGAAACGUCAUAGCCCUCGCCCAAGAAUACAACCAACUCACCGACAAUUUCCUCCGCAUCGCAUUGAUGCGCAGCGCCGAACGCGCCUGCCUCACCGCAACGGAAUACCUCCUCUCCCAGGGCGCCAAGACAGACGUCCCCUCCAACCGCGCCUCGCCUCUCCUUCGCGCCGUCGAGCGCGAUCACUACGAAAUAGUGCGCGUCCUGCUCGACCACGGCGCCAGCCCGGACUCCGCAGACAAAGAGGGCCGCACGGCGGUCAUGACCGCCGCGUGGAAGAACCACACGGAUAUCCUGCAUAUGCUGAUCAUGCGCGGCGCGGACGUGAAUAAGCGCGACCUGCGCCGUCGGAAUGCGCUGCACAAUCUCGCCGCUGAUAAAGACCGGCGCUGGGGGUGGGGAGAUGAGGUUGUGAUGAAGUUGCUGGGGACGGAGUGUCUUAUCGAUGGUGUCGGGGGACAAGAUGAGCUGGGCCGCACGCCGUUGCACUGGGCGUGUGCGACGGGGAAUUGGCGGAUGGCGGAGAUGUUGCUUACGCGGGAAGGAGAGGGUGAGGCGGAGGGGGCAGGAGCGAUGGGCCCGCGGGCGGAGAUCGAUGCCGUGGAAUUGCGUGGCAAGACGGCGCUGCAUAUUGCCGCGGCUCAUGACCGCGAGGAUAUUGUGCAGUUGCUGCUUUCGCAUAAUGCUGAUGUCAAUGCUGCCAGUGAUGGUGGGUGGACGCCGCUUCAUAAUGCCUGUGAUAAGGGUUGUGAGAGUAUUGUGCGGAUUUUGCUGGGUGAGGGAGCGCAGAUCAAUGCGCAGCUUUUGAAUGGUGUUACGCCGCUGCAUCUUGCUGCUCAGGGGGGUCAUCGUGAGGUUGUGCAGUGUCUCCUUGAGAGGCCUGAUCUGAAGCGACGGGUGAGGGAUAAUUUUGGGAGUACGCCGUUUCUGCGCGCGGCGCAGUUCAAGCGGAAGGAUGUUGUGCUGUUGCUUGCGCCGUUUAACAAUGUUGGGAGUCUCUCGGAGGAUGUGAAAGAGGCUUGUAGGGCAUUUGAUGCUACUGUUGUUGAUUUUGGCAACUUUCAUAAUGAGAACCGGGUUAAGCGCAUGUCGGUGUUUAAUCUGCUUUAUGGAAGAGAUCGGGAGAAUCCUAGAAAGCAAGCUGUUACCACUAUGCCGGCUGAUAGUCGUGGGGCUGAUUUCCGCUGGAUCCAUUUGCCGGCGAACAAUAUGGCGUGGGUGGAAGCCCUCCUUACCAAGUCUUUCAUUGAGGAAGGGGCUCAUGAUGUUGAUGGAUUCAAGGGUCUGGAAAAAUCUUUCAACUAUCAACAUCGGGGGCAAAGGACUCACUCGCACUUUAUGCGGCCAUUGUGUCAGAAUACACCACGCACAAUGUUGAAGCGAUAUGAAGAGGAUACCUCAGAGGAGGCUGCAUCUGAUUCUGGCACCACAAAGCCUAUGGAUAACGCUACCCGGAAGCAAAAAAGCCCAGGAAGCAAGAUUGACCGCACGGGCUCCUACUUCCACGAUGAAGGCGCAGACGGCUCUCAUGGAAAAAAGGGCAGACAUAACCAAAAGCGUGGAAAGUCGGGCAACACACCAGGUACACCCAAGCCGGAGACGAAAGGGAAGACCCAGGGGGGACCGGGCGAAAGACAGGCGAGGCCAUCACCUCUCCCAUCAUCGAAUAUGUGUAAAGAUCCCCAUCCCCUGGUUUCUGCAUGUAAUGUCUGUGUGUUCAUGCCAUAUCUGCACUUUGAGACCACAGAGCGGAGACAAAAGAUGCAGGAUGCAAUCUCACGAGCGGAAACGCUGGACUUUGUAUCCAAGGGCAUGAAAUUGGUGCGCACGAGAGAUGAAAUGCUCAUCGAUGCGCAUCUAACCUCCUCAGCGACCUCCCUCCAUGUCCGUCGAACAUUGGAUCAGUUCUUCUACCCGAAUAUUGAUACCCAGAGCCGUGAUCAGGAUCAAGUGGUAUACCGAUACCAGACGAAAAGUCCUGGGAUGGAGUCAGACCCCAAGAUAUUCAUGGUCGACCAAUUGUGGAUGUGGGUUCUAGGCACGAAUCUGAUUGUAACUGCCUUCCCACAAAGAUGGGAUCAGCCCAAGAACGACCCACUGAACGUGCUGGAUGGAAUUAUUGAGGACAUCAACUCCAAAACCCGAGACCCGGUUAGAUCUGUUUAUGAUUUAGCAAUGAUAAUCACCAAUCGAUGCUCGGGAGUCUUCGAUCGACACCGUCUGGGCGACGAGGAGUACCAAUUCUUAGAUAUGUUCGAGUCAUCCAUUGGUAUAGCAACGGACAAAGAAACUGUGCUUUUUAACCAGUUCAACCAUGCCUCUGGACAAGCCUCGGAAUGGCUGAAAAGCCACCGCAAGUUGAACGGUUCCUUCAGCUCUCCUCCUAAAAUCGGCAAGGCGGAUAGCGACGGCCAGCCCUGCGACUACUGCGACGAGGAUGGACAGCCAUUAUUUGUUGACAGGCUUCUGGACAUCGGUCAGGAAACGAACCUGCUCGCCGAGACAAAGGAUAUUCGAGAUGAGCUGAACAUGAUCCGGACAGUCCUAGAGCACCAGACAAACGUACUGCUUGACUUCCAAGACGUUGUCUGCGAGACCUACCAGGGCCAACACCGCUCCCAGUUCGAGGUCAAGAAGCGGUUCAAGGACCAGCAGCGCAUGAUCGACAUGCACCUCAAGGACAUCGACCGCAUGGAUAAACAGGCUGAGCGGAUCUACCACUCCAUUACGGAUUUGCUCGAUCUCAAGCAGAAACACGCCAAUGCUUUCGAGGCCCGCUUUGCCCGUGAUCAAGCUGCUGGCACAACCCGCCAGAGCAAGACAAUUAUGGUCUUCACCAUCGUCACCAUUGUCUUUUUACCGCUGUCGUUUAUCGCCUCCAUCUUCACAAUCAACCUGAAACAAUUCGAGAAUUUAAGUCUCGGUUACGUGGCGAAGUUUACCUUUGGUAUCGGCUUUGCGAUCUCUAUCCCACUCGUCUGGGUUGCUCUCACGGUUGACGACAUAGGUGGUUUCUUCCGUGUGGGCAGCCGGCGCUGGCUGUCCAACCGGAGGAAGGCCCUUGCGAAGAGUGAACGUGACGAGGGAGGACUCCGAGCAUUAGAGAUGGAGAAGAUUAUAAGCUUGUCGCGCAUCCGAAGGAGUAUGGAUGGUGAAUAUGGAGGCAAUCUGCUGCCUGUUUCUACACGGGGCACAGGUGCGUCGAGGCGACCAGGUUUAUAUGCCAGUCAGUUGGGCGAUGGUAUGGGGCGCAAGAGUUACGAUUUGCGGUCUAGUCAGGACUACAGAUCACGAUGA